AUGGUGAAUGUCAUUCAGCGCCUUGUCAGACGCGCAACGACCGGCACGGGUGAUCAUCCGCAUAACCCGCGUGAACAUGGCAAUCAUGCUGCAUCUGGAUCGGGCUCAGGGUCCCGGUCAGGAUCGGCAUUCAAAUCACACGACUUCCAGCGUCGGAGAAGUACGAGUGUAAGCUCUUGGAGGCGUCGGUCUCAUGCUGCGGUCGAAGAGCCUUCGCCACGCCAUUUGAUCUUGAUUUCGGAUAAUGCGACGUUCGAUCCUCACAUUAUCCAGCGCUUUGAGGCGGAGGGAUUUGACGUCACUUACCUGGGGUUUGUCUGCACCGAAGAUGCGGAGAAGGACCGGAAGGCGUUGGAAUUUGCGGUUCAUGAGAAAGAGGAUGACUUGGAACCCGGCGAGAGAUAUGCUAUUGUCGCAUACAAUCGACCCGCAUACUAUCUCCUUGGCUCGCACCAUCUCUCCCACACCUCGACCAACCCUUUUCCUCGCCUCUGCGCCUUCAUCGCAUAUUAUCCCUUGGAUGGAAACGAUCCAAUCCUCACCAAUGCACCCAAAAACAUGCAAGAGUGCUGUGCCCCCGCCUGCGGAGAUACGAGUGCCAUCUUCGACCCUAGUGCCCCGACCUCAUUCCUCCCCAUCCAGAUCCACCUCCCCGGGAACAACCCGGGCAGCCGUACCGUUUGGCCAUGGAUCAGCGUCAGUCCGAGUGAAGGCGACGUCACAUACAAGAAGCGUCAUCGCUGUCAUGUGUACGGCUAUCCGGAAGCGCGGGCAGGAUUCGCAGAAUCUCGACCUUCCAACUACAGUAUCAAAGACCAGGGACCCGUUGAUGAUGAUCGCAUCAGCGCUCAGCUGGCGUGGAGCAGAGCGCUGGGCUGUCUCCGUCAUGCCUUUGGUGCAAGAAGCACAUGGCCUAUUACCGAUAUUGAGACUGUGUGGGAAGAGUAUUGGGCAAGAUUGAUGGAUGGGUUGGACCUGGUUAAAAUGGCUUCUGGGCAGCCGGCACCUCAUGGCUCGGCCAUGGAGAUUGUCUUGAAGCCUGGAAAUGAUCUGAUCUGUCAAGCUACGGGGGGAACGAGCGCCCACGAUGAGCAGAAUGCGAAAGUGAUUUGUGCACCGACCAAGGCUGGAGGCUCGACUCCGGAUGACCUCCGCACAUUCUUCAUGGAUGUGUUCAUUCCCAAUGGACCGCCUAGUCAGCAUAUUCGAUUACUAUCCCGGACGGUGGGCGCAGAUCGUAUUGUGGAUGAGGUCUUAUUCUCCUUCUGCCAUAGCAAGGAAGUUCCCUGGCUGCUUCCGCGUGUUCCGCCGACGAAUCGCGAUAUUCAAGUGGUCAUUGUCGUCGUGGCAAGCUUCUUUGCCGAUCGCAUCGUUCAUCAAACUCUUUACUGGGACCAGGCCGAUGUACUUGUUCAAGCAGGGCUGUUGGAUCCAGAUCUUGUACCCCAAUUCGACCGCAGGAAAUAG